AUGUUUUCCAAAAAACGUAAAGUUGACAAUGAAAACAGAAAGUUCCUGGCUGAGUGGACCGAACAAUAUUUUUUUACACUUCCAGUAAGAGCUGGAGCCGUUCCAGUUUGUCUCAUAUGCAACAGUACAGUUGCUGUCGUUAAAUGUGCUAAUUUAAAGCGUCAUUAUGAUACAAUGCAUAAAGAUUUUGAAAAAAAAUUUCCUCUUGACAGUGCAGCGCGUAAAGAUAAGCUCCAAGCGUAUCUCUUGUCUUAUAAAAAUAGUACGACUAUGUUAGUAAAAAGUAUGAGUGGGCAAGAAAAGUCAAUAGAAGCAGCAUUGCGUGUUUGCUGGACGUUAAAUAAGCACCAAAAGCCAUUUACAGACUCAGAAAUUGUAAAAGAGUGUAUGUUGGAAGUAGCCACUGCACUUUUUGAAGAGAAAAAGGACAUAAUUAAUGCUAUUCAAAAUAUUCCUCUAUCAGCAAGAAGCAAUACAAGAAGAACAGAACUAUUGGCCGAUGACAACAAAAAUAAUUUAAUUCACAUUUUACAGAUGGCUCCUUGCUACGCUAUUGCAAUUGAUGAGUCAUGUGAUAUUGUUGAUUCUGAGCAGAUGUCAAUUUUCGUGCGCUUUUUAGACGCUGAAAGUAAAGUGUUUAGAGAUGAGUUGUUAGCAUUAUUGCCAUUGAAAUGCAAGACUCGUGGAGAAGAUUUGUUUAAAACUUUUGACGACUUCAUGACUAAAUCAAAUAUUAGUUAUGAUAAAAUUGUGUCUAUUUCAACCGAUGGCGCCCCAGCAAUGAUUGGUAAAGAAAAAGGAUUUGUUAAUAGAAUCAAGGAUAAGAAUGCUGAAAUACUUUCAUAUCAAUGUAUAAUUCAUCAAACAUCCCUGUGUGGCAAACUUAGUACAACGCUGAAGGAAGUAAUGGACACAAUGAUCAAGUUGAUUAAUUUUUUGAUGUCCCGAUCUGCUCUUCAGCACAGGCAGUUUAAAGAUUUUUUAUUUGAAUGUGAUUCAGUGUAUUUGGAUUUACUUCAACAUAACAAUAUCCGUUGGUUAAGUAAAGGCAAAGUGAUCGAACGUUUUUUGAGUAUAAAAGAAGAAGUAAUCACGUUUUUGGUAAACUUGGAUUCACAAGAAUCAAAGCAGUAUCAUAAAUUCUUAGCAAACGAGAGCAAUAUGCUAUCUGUGGCAUUUUUAAAAGACAUUCUUACAUAUUUAAAUGUACUUAAUAUUGAGUUACAAGGGCAUAACAAGUUAAUUUGUGAUCUGAUAUCAAGUGUAUCUGCUUUCCGAUGA